UAAAUAGUGAUAGAGAAUGCCUUGGUUUAAGCAUACUUGGUUCUUCAAAUACUUUGAUCAGUUUCAUAAAAAAGAAAGAAAUCAAAUAUGGGUUCCAUUUCCAAGAGUUUCCUUCUCCUUGCUCUUCUAGCUGCUGUUGUUCUUCUCAUUUCUUCGGAAGUGGCAGCUCGAGAUCUUGCUGAAACUACCACUGAAAACAACAAUGGUGAGGUGGCUACCGAAACAACCCAGCCUGAGCUAGAAGAUAAACGCUCAGCUUAUAAUGGAAGAGGACACGGAGGUAAAGGAGGGUAUGGAGGUGGCCACGGAGGGUAUGGAGGUGGGCACGGAGGGUAUGGUGGUGGACACGGAGGGUAUGGUGGUGGACACGGAGGGUAUGGUGGUGGUGGCCACGGAGGAUAUGGUGGCGGUGGCCACGGAGGAUAUGGUGGCGGUGGACAUGGAGGAGGUUAUAAAGGAGGCUGCGCCUAUGGCUGCUGUCGUUCAAAUUACGGAAGAGGCUGCCAAAGGUGCUGCUCUUAUGCUGGCGAGGCUGUCGAAGUUGAAACUCACGCCUAAUGUAGCCUUUUGCAUUUACAGAUGGCAUGUAUGAUAAUAAAUAAAUGGGCAUACGUCCUAAAUGAAAAUGCUUCCUUAAUAUAGUGAUGUAAGUGGAAGUAUAAAGCAAUAAAAUUGUGCUUUUACUUUAUCCCUAA